AUGGCUUCCAAUGGCAGCGAAGGUAAUGGAUGGCGGCGGAGUCGCAGAGAAAAGCAUUUGUCGGACAAAGCACGAUUAUCUCUGGACGACGGAGAGCAAAUACCUGGCUUGGAUCAAUCAUCACCACCACCGACCUCUCUCUCUAAAAUUGGCGACAUCUCAUCGCACGAUUUCAGCUUACAAGAGAACAAAGUCGGCAAGUCUCCCAUCAAUAUGGUGCGCACGGACAAGACCAAGUCGACGGCCGUCGCCACACCGGACAUCGCCACCAGCCCAGCCUUCGCUGCGAACAGCUUCAUGCUCGACGGGUGGCCGCGCACACUGCCUGAGGAUGUUGUCGAGCUCCACGCAAAGUGGGGCGACCGAAAAGACCAUGCGACCACAGCCGACAUCAUCGAGACGUACGGCGACGACGGAGCAGACGACUGGGACGAUUUCGCAGGCAACCCAAACCUGUAUCCCAAGCCUGGUGAUCUUGAGCGUGCCGUCGGCAGCACCUUGAACCGUGCGAAGAGCGCAUUUCGGGCGAACAAGAGCUGGGAGCAGUUUGAGGCGGAUGAGGAGGCGCUGAGCAGCAUGAGAAUGGCGAUGUUGGAGCACGAUCCUGAGCGGCACAAGAUCCUCUUGCGGGAGUGUUUGAACAACGACUUGCGGCUGAAAGUGUUCAAUCAGCUCAAAGAGCGGCUCUGUACCGAGAUCUGGAAGAGAGAAUACGUGCCAACUGUGGAAGCUGCGGUUCCACUGCAGCCACCAUCAGCUCGCACCAAGAAGGAUAGCAAAGUGACCUUCUCGAACGAGGUCGCGGAGGGUCGCAAGAAGCAAACCGAACCGGUCGAGCAAGACGAGUACAGCGUGAGAGAUUGGCAUGAAAGACACCCAGUGUGGAAUGUCCCGGAAGGACAGUAUCCGAAUCCAAACAACCAGGACUACCGCGCCCACUUUAAGCACAUUGGCGAGGGUCAGCCCCGUCGGUGGGACUGCCUGUACUGCAGAACCACGCGUGAGCAGAUGGGCCACAUUUGA